AUGGCGACGGCGUUUCAAUUAGGAUGGUACCCCCUCCUCCUCGCAGGGUGUUCCUCCUCAUCACCUCUAAUCCCCGACAUUUUCCUUCUCUCGCUCUACUACGAACGGUACACGGCCGUGCCCGACACAGCACAGGUCGACUACAACGUCAACAAUGCCAUCGCCAACAUUGUGGGCGGCGCCCGCCUCCAGGCACGCGUGGGUUACUUUGGCAUCUGUGUCAGCCCGGACGGCGGGUCGUGGCUCUGCAGCAACAACGCGACGACGCUUGCGAAUGAAGUCUCGGUCGACCAGGACCCGCUGAAUCUUGUCUGGCUGGCGAGUCAGUUUAAGGAUAUGAUUGUCUUUCCUUAUCUACUCAUCAUCGCAAUCAUCUUCGCCUUCAUCUGUCUCCUCCUGCUCGCCACCUUUCCCGGCUGGCACGAGGAAGAGGACAGCGAAGGGUCGGAGCGGGAAGUGAAACCGUUUCCGUCCCGCCCUGUCAGCCAGGUGGCGCUGGCCAUCAUCUUCAUUGCGUCCAUUUUUGUGCUGGUGUCGGUCCUGUGGCAGCACACGGCGUCGGUCGCGGCCAGCAUCAUUGCGCAGGACCUGGCCAACGGAAGUGUUUUGUCCGGAGUGGGCACGUCGGCCAUGGUCAUGGGCUGGUUCAGUUUUACGCUGCUCAUUGUGGUGACCAUUGGAUUGCUGGUUAUGAUUUUGAGCAUGCAGGUGUUGGCGACUAUUAUGGAUUGA